CAUGCGCAGGGGGUGGCCCGCCGGGUUGGCUUCGGCCGCCGUGACGAGCCCGGAAGCGCCUGCGCGUGCCCCUCCGCUCGAGAAGUAGUUUUGUUCCGCGUCCUGCGGACAGUUGCUGUACGGAGAGAACCCCGAGCGGGACCGGCCCGACCCCCGCCGGCACCGCCGCGAUGUCCAGCAACAGCUUCGCUUACAAUGAGAACUCCGGGGGAGGGGAGGCCACGGAGCUGGGUCAGGACGCGACCUCAGCCAUUUCCAACUCCGGUGCCGUGGGCCUCUUCAGCAGCGAUUUGAAGAAGAAUGAAGAUCUAAAGCAAAUGUUGGAGAGCAACAAAGAUUCUGCUAAAUUGGAUGCUAUGAAACGGAUUGUUGGGAUGAUUGCAAAAGGGAAAAAUGCAUCUGAACUGUUUCCUGCUGUUGUGAAGAAUGUGGCCAGUAAAAAUAUUGAGAUCAAGAAGUUAGUAUAUGUUUACCUGGUUCGAUAUGCUGAAGAACAGCAGGAUCUGGCACUCCUGUCCAUAAGUACUUUUCAGCGAGCUCUGAAGGACCCAAAUCAGCUAAUUCGUGCAAGUGCUUUGAGAGUUCUGUCAAGUAUUAGAGUGCCAAUUAUUGUACCUAUUAUGAUGCUCGCUAUUAAGGAAGCUUCUGCUGACUUAUCACCAUAUGUUAGGAAGAAUGCAGCCCAUGCAAUACAAAAAUUGUACAGCCUUGAUCCAGAGCAGAAGGAAAUGUUAAUUGAAGUUAUUGAAAAACUUUUGAAGGAUAAAAGCACACUGGUAGCUGGCAGUGUUGUGAUGGCUUUUGAAGAAGUAUGCCCAGAUAGAAUAGACUUGAUUCACAAGAAUUACCGCAAGCUAUGUAAUUUACUAGUUGAUGUGGAAGAGUGGGGACAGGUUGUCAUAAUCCACAUGCUGACUCGAUAUGCUCGUACUCAGUUUGUCAGUCCUUGGAAAGAGGAUGAUGGUCUAGAGGACAACGAAAAGAAUUUUUAUGAGUCUGAUGAGGAACAGAAAGAAAAGGCUGACAAGAGAAAGAAGCCUUAUACUAUGGAUCCAGACCAUAGGCUUUUAAUUCGGAAUACAAAACCUUUGCUUCAGAGCAGAAAUGCAGCGGUGGUUAUGGCAGUUGCUCAGCUGUAUUGGCACAUAUCACCAAAAUCUGAAGCUGGCAUUAUUUCUAAAUCACUAGUGCGUUUACUUCGUAGCAGUAGGGAGGUGCAGUAUAUUGUCCUACAGAAUAUAGCAACUAUGUCAAUUCAAAGAAAGGGUAUGUUUGAACCUUACUUGAAGAGUUUCUAUGUUAGGUCAACUGAUCCAACUAUGAUCAAGACACUUAAGCUUGAAAUUUUGACAAACUUGGCAAAUGAAGCCAACAUAUCAACUCUUCUUCGAGAAUUUCAGACUUAUGUGAAAAGCCAGGAUAAGCAAUUUGCAGCAGCCACUAUUCAAACUAUAGGCAGAUGUGCAACAAACAUCUUAGAAGUCACUGACACAUGUCUCAAUGGCCUGGUGUGUCUGCUGUCCAACAAAGAUGGAUCAAAGUCAAGACUUCUCAUAAAGAUUGUAAAUGAGGUCCCUGUGGCUAGAGCAAGUAUUCUUUGGCUAAUUGGAGAAAACUGUGAGCGAGUUCCUAUAAUUGCCCCUGAUGUUUUAAGGAAGAUGGCUAAAAGCUUCACAAAUGAAGAUGAUCUUGUAAAACUGCAGAUUUUAAAUUUGGGAGCAAAAUUGUAUUUAACCAACUCCAAACAGACAAAAUUGCUUACCCAGUACAUAUUAAAUCUCGGCAAGUAUGAUCAAAACUACGACAUCAGAGACCGUACAAGAUUUAUUAGGCAGCUUAUUGUUCCGAAUGAGAAGAGUGGAGCUUUAAGUAAAUAUGCCAAAAAAAUAUUCCUAGCACAAAAACCUGCACCACUGCUUGAGUCUCUUUUUAAAGAUAGGGAUCAUUUCCAGCUUGGAACUUUAUCUCAUAUUCUCAACACUAAAGCUACUGGGUACAUGGAAUUAUCUAAUUGGCCAGAGGUGGCACCUGACCCAUCAGUUCGAAAUGUAGAAGUAAUAGAGUUGGCAAAAGAAUGGACUCCAUCAGGAAAAGCAAAGAAAGAGAAAUCUGCUAAGAAAUUUUAUUCUGAAUCUGAGGAGGAAGAGGAGUCUUCCGAUAGCAGCAGUGACAGUGAGAGUGAAUCUGGAAGUGAAAGUGGAGAACAAGGGAAGGAAGGAGACAGUGAAGACAGCAGCGAGGACUCCUCCAGUGAGAGUGAGAGUGGAAGUGAGUCAGACAUAGAAAACAAAAGAAAGGCCAAGAGGAACUCCAAAACCAAAGGAAGAGGUGAUUCUGAAGGUGGGGAGACGGAAAAUGAAAAAUCUGAAACUUCAGAUUCUUCCAGUGGAGAAUCUAGUUCAAUAGAAGACAGUUCUUCAGAAUCUGAAUCAAAAUCAGAAAGUGAAUCUAAAUCCAGGAAAGUCACCAAGGAGAAAGAAACAAAAAUAAAGCAAGAUAGAAAUCUUGUUACCAAAGAUGUUUCACUUCUUGAUCUAGAUGAUUUUAACCCGGUAUCUGUUCCAGUUGCACGUCCCACACCAGCUCUUUCUCCAAGCCUGAUAGCUGAUCUUGAAGGUUUAAAUUUGUCAACUUCUUCAUCGGUCAUCAACGUCAGUACUCCUGUCUUUGUACCAAUGAAAACUCAUGUGCUGCUUCAUCGCAUGAGUGGGAAAGGACUAGCUGCCCAUUACUUCUUUUCAAGACAGCCUUGCAUUUUUGGUGAUAAAAUGGUCUCUGUACAAAUAACACUGAAUAAUACUACAGAUCGAAAGAUCGAAAAUAUCCGCAUCGGAGAAAAAAAACUUCCUCCAGGCAUGGAAAUGCAUGUUUUUAAUCCAAUAGAAUCUCUUGAGCCUGAGGGAUCCAUUACUGUUUCAAUGGGUAUUGACUUCUGUGAUUCCACUCAGACUGCCAGUUUCCAGUUGUGUACCAAGGAUGAUUGCUUCAAUGUUAAUAUUCAGCCACCUGUUGGAGAACUGCUUUUACCUGUGGCCAUGUCAGAGAAAGAUUUUAAGAAAGAGCAAGGAAUGCUGACAGGAAUGAAUGAAACUUCUACUGUAAUCAUCCUUGCACCACAGAACUUCACUUCUUCUGUGAUCCUUCAGAAGAUUGUCAAUGUGGCCAACGUCGGUGUAGUGCCUUCUGGCCAGGAUAAUAUUCACAGGUUUGCAGCUAAAACUGUGCACAGUGGGUCAUUGAUGCUAGUCACAGUGGAACUCAAGGAAGGCUCUACAGCACAGCUUAUCAUAAACACCGAGAAGACUGUGAUUGGCUCUGUUCUGCUGCGGGAGCUGAAGCCCGUCCUGUCCCAGGGGUAACCUGCUACAUCUGGACUUCAGAAUCUGGCACACAACAAAAGUGCCUGGCAUCCACGACUGCUGCCUUUCAUUUAUAAUAAUAGCCCUUCCAUCUGGCAGUGGGGAACACACUCCUGACAUUCUUGUCUCCUGCUUUAGAAUGCUAGUGUGGAGCUAUCAUGUGUGCAAUUCUGUCCCCACUUUCGCUUUGCUAACCAAAGAACAUACUUUUUACUGUCAGUUCUCUUAACUCUUGAGUCCAUGUGGCAUUUUCUCUAUCCUGCUACUUCUUCUGUCCUUCUCAUCUUCCUUCCCUUUUUCAACAAUGAUGGACAUGAAUUGGAUAUUUAAAGUUUAUUGGAAAUCACCUUCCUUCCCACAAUAAGCAGAAAUUAGCCUAGAAAUAGUCUGUAUGGCCUCUCAGCUUGACGUGUGAAAAUGGGAUACUUUUUAGAAUUAAGUGCCAAAACAACAAGAUCUCCGCAAAAUUUUGUUCUAUGAAUUUCCUGGUAUUAUAAUCGGUUAUUGACAACUGUCAUCAUGAAAUUAUCUCUGAAUAAUAAGAUGAAUAAACUAGCCUAUGAAGAGCA